UUUAUAAGCUGCGAUCGUAAAUCCGCUCGCGCGAUCGGUAGAAAAAGGAAGGAAAAAGGUGUGUGUAGGUGUACCGAGUGUGUACGUGUGUUCUUCGGUAUGACCAGUCACGAGUGAGAGGCUCCCGGUACCCGACAUCCAUUCUCGCGGAAUCACACGAACACGUGCGAUUCCGGAAAGAUGAUACGCGACUACCUGAUACUGCUCUCAUGGCUCUGCGCGGUGCAAGGGAAGAUAGGAUAUUUCUGGCAUAUCACCGAUAUUCAUUACGACCCAAAAUAUGCUGUGCAAGGAAAUACACCUAGUAAUACCAAGUGCUGGAACAUGAGAAACCUCGUCGAUGGCGGACGUAUGAGGCUCGACAGAAAACUGGCGGGCAAGUUUGGCGACUACAGCUGCGACUCGCCCUGGGCUUUGAUCGAAUCGGCAGCACGGGCGAUGAGAUCGAAGCAUGGCGAUAUCGAAUUUGUUCUGUGGACGGGUGACGCGCUGACGCGCAAUGCCGGCAUGAACGCCGAGCUGCGUCUGCAGUGUUUGCGGAAUUUGACCGAACUGUUGCAUCGCACGUUUAAAGGACAAUUCGUGUUCCCCGCACUCGGCCACGAAGACAUAGGCCUGAAUUAUACGCAGCUCGCUUCCGUCUGGCAAAAUUGGCUACCACCGGAAGCGGUGGAUACUUUUGUAAAGGCCGGCUACUAUACGAUCGAGCAGCGCUCGAAAAAAUAUCGGAUCGUCUUCCUUAAUACGAAUUUGUGGCUGAACCCAGUCGACAGCCGUAUGCUGCAUCGCUCUGGAAGCAGUACGGUCGAUAACACGCAGGAUCCCUUCGGCCAAUGGUCCUGGUUCCAGUCGGUCCUCGAGAAUGCGCGGAAGAAGAAGGAGACGGUGUACAUAGUCGGCCACACACCGCCGGGGGUAGACGACCACGAAAGCGGCGCCGCGGCGCUCAACGAGAGGCACAACACCAAAUAUCUGCAGGUAGUCCGGCUCUACUCGGACAUCAUUCGAGGACAGUUCUUUGGCCACUGGCAUUCGGAUACGUUCCGCGUGAUAUACAGCGACACAGGUCUACCCGUAUCUUGGAUAAUGAUGGCUCCCAGCGUAACGCCGAACACCGUCGGGGGGCCCAACAACCCGGGUUUGCGACUCUACAAGUUCGAAACUAACACCGGACAGAUUCUGGAUUACACGCAGUACUAUCUUAAUCUGCCCGAAGCGAAUUCAAUUGGCAAAGCGAACUGGAUAGUCGAGUACUCGCUGCUCGACUAUUAUGAGCUGGAUGAGAUAACGGCGAUCACUCUUCACGAUCUGGCGGACCGGUUUACGCAGUCGAAUGAUUACGCCUUCGUCAGGUAUUACGCGGCCAACACGGUCUCGCUGCCGCGCGAGGUAGAGCAAAUCUGGGGCUGUGGCGGUCCUCUCAACGGAGUCUGUGCGCUGCAUCAUUACUGCACUGUGACGAGGCUAAAUCCCGAGUCCUACAGGGAGUGCUAUUCAUCCUACGCUUAUGCCCUGGCGUCCACGGGACACUCUACCGUACGCCUCUACUUUGCGUUGCAUCUGCUGGUCCUGUUGAUUUGCGCUGAGGUUCUGAACGACCGGUAGGAUGAGCGAGACCAAAGGACUCCUGAUAACGCGGAUUGUAACCCGCGUCGGCCCUCCACAACGACGGUCCGCGUCUUUUCUCUGGCAGAAUCCAAUCGAGACGCACCAUCGAUCGGCUACGGAUCGGAUCGGUCGAGGAGUGGUCUACGAAUUAAGGCGAAUGCGUCUAGCGAUACGGCAUUACGCCGCCCGGUGUGUCAUCUACUUUGUCUAUGUCUCUGUCGUGUCUCCGUCUUCUCCUUGUCGCGCCACCGAAAUUGUUCAGGUGCUCUCUCUCGUUCCGUCGUGUUUGGUGUUGCGUGUGUGUUCGCCGGUACAUGGUUUUCAUGUGAGGCUGUAAAAUCCGAAUUCCGGAUGAGAUAUUCAACAGAUAUCCAGAAUACUCGGACGCCGCCGCAAUUCAGCUUUGAAAUUGAGAUAUCCGAAUAAUUCGGGUAAUACGAUUAUUCGAAUAAUUCCAGUAAUUUGGACAAUUCGGAUAAGUCGGAUAAUUUGAGUAAUUUGGAUAAUUCGUAUACUGAAAUAAUUCAAAUAAUAUUUGAAUUAGAAUACGGUAAAUAACAAUUUAUUACUUCCCCUUCUCC